GGGCGGGCUUCGGCAAACUUCGGCCGUAUCGGCAUGCGCCGAGUAUAGGCGGAGUCAACGCCAAUCUGCCAGAUCUGCUGUGCUGUUCUGAGAAGUAGUAGCGCAAUAGGUGGCGCUUCUUUCGGUGUACUUAUUUUUUCAUGCUUCUUGUUCUUCUUCGGCUUGCUCGGUGCUAAACAUACGCCGCUAAACUUCCUUUGCAAUUUUCAAAGCUCAAAUAAAAGUGCAUACAAUAUCGUCUUGCACACGCGGCUCGUGCGGAAUGUGCGCGACAAAAACGCGAUCGUCUCUAUACAUAAGCAGUCACUACGAAGCCAUCGGCACACUAUUGCACUUAUUGCGCGAAAGUUGCUUUCUUUGGGAAGAUUGCCGCAAACGCAAGGUAUAUAGCAUGUGCCAUAAAUUGCAAAUUGUAUUCCAUUCUUGAUUAUUUCCUUUCCACAAAUUAAUCUUCUAAAGCAGCAAACGAUAAAAAAAAUUUAAGCAUAUGAAAUGGUGCUAUAUCUUACGUUGCACAGUUAUUCAUAUGGUACUGGUUUAAUCUCAAAUGCCUUUAUACUUGCUUUUAUGUGGUUGUGUUGUGGUGGAUGGAAUUAUUCUUCCAAAUCUGCAUGUCAGUGUAUAAUUUAUUCAUGCCAGAUUCACAUUACUUAUGAAACCCUGUCUGUAGAGACACACUUGUUUUUUUGGGGGGGGUACGAUCUAUUCAUUACAAUUUAAUCUAUAAUCUAUGAUCUAACAUUGAGAAAGAAGUAAAACAAGUGGUUUCCACUGGAAAGCAUAACCCAUAUAACAUACAUUUUAUUUUUAAAAAAACAUAGUUAUCAUGAACGAUACAGCGCACAAACUAUGAUCGAAACGUUGAAUAUUAAUCGAUUUAAAUAUUCCGAUUAAACAAAAAAUAGUUUUGUUCUCAAAACUAUAACUAUGAACUAUGCAUAUUUUUAUCGUAAGUUCCUCCCGAUCAAAAGAGUGUUUCUUUGUUAUGCUUUUUGAACGUCUUUUGAUUGUUAAAUCCAUAAUUAAUAUUUUUUGCAAAUAUUUUCGUCAACUUGUACUUCUUUGCAUCACCCUGUUGUACUGUCUUUUUCGAAUUGCAACCAUAAACGUCAAAACUUCUGCAAGCAACUGAAUCUCAACGAAAGAUGGACGACAUUUAACGAAGGGUAGCUGUCAGAAUAUCCCCAUAUGACGUACCAGUCGAUCUAGCGUUUUCAGAUAUGUUUCCCGUCUGUUGUUCAAUUGUUUGCGCUUGCUGUAAACAAACCAUAAGCUAUUGGUUUGUAUUUUUCAUUUAAUUUGAUUUCAAUAUCUAUUGCUCAAACUAUUAAACAUUGGUUCCAACUGAUACAAAACAUUUAUCUGACUGAUAAAACAAUCAUUUGUAUAACCUCGGAGUCUAAACGGCUCAGCACGAGAUAAUCACAAUCAGCCUGAAAAUGGACGCUAUGGAUGCGAAGGAAAUUCUCAACCAUUUGAACCAUUUGGGCUAUCGCAACAUUACUGCAGCACAGUUGAAAGAAUUUCAAAAAGAUUUGAAAAAACUUAUCCGGUAUGAUGCGAAGCCGUACAGCCAGAUGGACAGAGAAAAUGUGGAAAAUAAUACAGAACAAGGCAGCGUAUUCGAACGAUUGCAUGCUGAAACAACUGCAAGCUAUCAGGCAAAAAUGGCUAAAUCUUCAAAGCAUAGUCAGCGUGCUGCACCUAUAGAUAAGGAAAAUCAUUCCCCAAACCCUAGAACUGUUUCUACAGCAGUGAAGGACAACAGUGAAACUGUCUGUAAGAUGUGGAUAAGACCAAAAAGUUCUCACUCAACCAAACGAAGUGACCCAGUCGAACUGUACCAUUCGUACAAAAAAGAGUGGAAUAAAUUCAAACAGAACCUACCGGGCGAAAACGAUCAUUCCGAACUACGCUGGAGGAUCAGGAACAAGUUACUGGGGGAGUAAACAAAACGCUACAACCUGCUAUAUACGAUACUCGAAGACGAAAUAAAAAUGCUUUAUUUUUAUGAUUAUUAA